GUGUGACCCGGCCUGUCUGGGAGCGCCGGGCGACUGCAGUGGCCCCGGGCCGGCCGCCAGUUCCGACCGGGGCGCCGCAGUGAAUCGGUCCGCCGGGACGGCGACGGCGCUCCCCGGGGUGACCUGUGGUGACCUGAGGUAAUCGGCGGGGACCUGAGGUGGUGACUGCGACCUGAGGUGUUGUCGGUGACCGGCAGUGAACUGAGGUUAGCGGUGAUCGUGAUCUUAUUGGUGAGAUCAGAACGAGAGGUGCGCGUUGUGGCGUCAGCGUUGCGGUCAUCUUCGGUUGUGCUCGUUUGAAGGCUGAUGGGCAGUUAUGCUGAGACUAUCCUUUGGCUUACAAGGUCUUUGAUUGAUUCUUGUUUUGUUGUAAAAACAUUGAGUUUGUGAGACUUGCUUGACUCAUGAGCCUCGUGUCAGCUUCUGGUAGUUACCUUCUUUUGCUUCCGGAUUUGGUUUUGCUUAUUCGGUUCACCUUUACGUCGCCGAGGCCCGUCAGAACUUCUCGAUUCCUCGAAUGAUCUCCUUUCUUGUCGCUAGUUUCUGAUGUUUGGGUUUGAGACAUUAGGUUCCCAUUAUUUGUUCAGCAUUUAUCUCUAGGAUUCCCGUCUUCUCUUUUCUUUGUCUUUCAGCACCUCGGUUAUUAGUCGGUUAUUUCCAAUAUGGCUCUUCGCUGACCCUGACCUUUGAUAGGACUGCUAGCCAUCGGGUAUUUCCACCCGUCUGGUGACGUGAGUGUCUGCCGGCUAACUCUGCGCCGCUGUGCCUCCUCCGUGACCUGCCGGUAUCUGUCGGUGUCCUCUGACCACGGCCCGGGUGAGCAGAGCUGACACAGCUCCGGACUGGGACCGCUCGCACCGACCCCGUAAAGUGGCGCCGCCAGUGGCCGGCGGGCGAACUAAUGGCCGACUGCGGUUUGGACGAGCAAUCCUCCAGCGAUGAAGAGCUGCGGGCGAUCGCCGCUAGGGCGGCUGCCGCCGAGCAGCCGCCCCCGCCCCCGCCCCCGCCGCAGCGUCCGCCGCCGGCCGCCCAGCUGGCUCCGCCGGUAGAAGGCGAGGACAUGGACUCUGCCUCGGACGAACAGAGUUCCUCAUGCAGCUCGCGCCAGACCGACUCGCGUGCUAUCCUGCAGGAGGUGCGCUCAGAGUUCGACGGCAUCCGGUUCGCGUCGUACCGGUGCGCCGCCAAACUGCGCUUCAUCCAGAAACGCACCAACCUGCACCUGAUUGACAUUUGGAACGUGAUCGAGGCCUUCCGCGAGAACGGUCUGAACGUGCUGGAGCCUCAGACGGCGGUGAACUCGUCGAGGCUGGACUCGCUGCUCACCUCGCUCUACCUAGCGCUCAACAAGCGGCUGCCGCUGCAGCACCAGAUCAACCUGGACGCCGCCGUCAACACCGUGCUCAGCUUCCUCAUCACCACCUAUGACGUGGACGACGUGGGCUCGGUGCGGGUGUUCUCCAUCAAGGUGGCCAUGGCCACCCUCUGCUCGGGGAAGAUCACCGACAAACUGCGCUACGUGUUCUCUCAGAUAUCGGACGGGAACGGGCAGCUGGCGCCGCGCCGCUUCUGCGACUAUCUGCGCGAGGUGCAGGCGCUGCCGGCCGCCGUCUUCGAGAGUCCCACCUUCUCCUACAGCGACGAGGCGGCGCGACUCAUCUUCCCGGCGGGCAAUGUGAACGUGAACGACUUCCUGGAGCGUCUGCUGUCGGAGCAAGGCCCCGAGUGCCUGGCCUGGCUGCCGCUGCUGCACCGCAUGGCCACCGUCGAAACCGUGUACCAUAACGUGCAGUGCGCCGCCUGUGAGAAGUCGGGCUUCACGGGCUUCAAGUACCGCUGCGAGCGGUGCAGCAGCUACCAGCUCUGUCAGGACUGCUUCUGGCGAGGACAGACGUCGGGAGCGCACACCCUGCAGCAUCCGAUGAAGGAGCUCAUUACGCCGAAGUCGCCGACGGGUCCUCUGUCCCGCUCGUUCCGGGGCAGUUUUCGGUGUGUGCCCGAGCGGCGCGAACAACCCGACCUACCGCGGUACCCGGCUCACCCGGAGAAGACCUUCAACCUGAUGCACAUUGUGCCGCCGUCGCCGCUGCUCAGCCAUAACGGUCCGGCCGGCCCGCCGUUCCUGGGCGCCACAGGCUCGGGCAGUUCACCCGACUCGCUGCCCAGCGAACGGAGCAUGGAGCUGGACGGAUACAGCCCCAGUCGUCUCAGCCAGAUGGAGCGUCAGGUGGACGAGGAGCACCGGUUGAUCGCGCGCUACUCGGCCCGACUGGCGGCAGAGAAAUCACAGAACCGAACUCCGUCGGACACCAGCAGUUCCGACGGCCGCGCUCGCUCUCAGCGAGAGACCAUCGCCCAGCUGGAGGCCAAGAACCAGGAGAUAAUGCGCCAGAUCGCGCGGCUGCGGGCCGGCGCACCGUCUGCCGCCGCCGACGUGGAGCUGGUCUCCGAGCUGCGGGCGCUGCGGCAGCGCCGCGGCGAGCUGGAGACCCACCUGAGCACGCUGCAGGACUCGCGCCGGCAGCUCAUGGGGCAGCUGGACUCGCUCAUGAAGAUGCUGAAGAGUCAGCAGCUGUCCCCCGUCAGCGGCUCGAUGUCGUUGCCGCGGACCUCCAAGUCGGCCCCCAACACUCCGGGCAGCACUCUGCGGCGCGCUCACCGGCAGCAGACGGCCGCCGCCGCCGCCCACCUGGACCCCGACACGAGCGCGCUGCUGGACCCGUUCUCACCCGGAGAGGACCCCGGCUGGCUGGGACGGUAACUCUGCCCUACUGGACCCUCUGCCGACCGUAGGACCCCAGUCGAGCGGCCGGCAGUGAGGCGAACCUCCCUUCGAGCAGCGCCGCCCCCCGCGGCGGACAAACAGUACAAGUGACGGGCCGGUUGUGGUCUGGUUGUGAUCGCCGGCUCUCUCUCCGUGUGUGUGUGAGAUAGUGGGCGUGUGAGAUGGGUGUGAGAGGGUGUAGAACUUGUGGGUGAGUGAGAAGGGUGUAGGAUGGAGUGAACUGCGUGCUGCCGAGGGAUGUCGGCCAGUAGUGUCUGACUGUAUGUGUGUAUGUAUGUGUAGCGGGGCGCUUCCAGCUCGUACGUGAAGUGUCGUACCUCCCCGCUGACUGGUGUGAGGCCAGUGGUCGCUCCGACUCCUCGUACUCUGGUGUGAGCCGGAGCGGUGGACGCCCUGUGCUCUGUACAGUGUUGGUAUUUAUUCCGAUAGUGUUCCGUGUGUAUAAUUCGGCAGACAGAAGUGCCAGGUUUUCUGUUGGCACUCGACCGUACACGUGCCCGAGCGGCGCGUCAUGCCAUUGCCAGUAGCACUGGCUCACGGCUCCGACCGCCGCGCAACACCGCGAGUAGUCUCUCGAUAGCGUGUGUCCUCCGUAUUCCUAUAUAUCUCUCCCCAUAUUCCAGCGUGAAUGGCCUAUGUGGGCCCACGCAGGCACAUACUCGAGUGGAGAGGGACCCGGAUUGGCUGCCGCUUUCCAUUGGAAGGCUAGCCAGGUGGUCAGAAGGUUGACCGGGAUAUAUUUAUGGCAACUUUUAUGGCAAUUUUAUCAUCGUUUAGUGCAAAAUGGUAUCAGAAGGGCGUGUUUUGCCCAUGUAUUCUUAUUUUGAGAGUGUGUCUGGUUUUGUAACGUCUUCAUGCUCGACUGGCGAUUUGAAAGUCUCUGGCAUUGCUUAGUACCGAUGUUGUAACAUUCCACUGCUGAAUACCGACUGUUCUGUCCCACUGGUAUCAGUUCAAUGCUGACCUGGCGCUCAGGAUGCUCAUCCCAUUGAGUCGGACGGCUGCGUCUUUUAGCGGCUGUCAGACGUCUGAUCUUCCUCAGAAAUCUGACCCUCAGACUCCCAGUCGCCAGUCGAGCGCGGCUCGACCGCCGCUCCCCGCAUGGGGAGGAUCGAUUUCCAUACCGACCGGGGCAUUCCACCGGCACGUUCCACGGGCGGCUCUCGGCGUCUGAUGUGUGUGGACGGCAGCGGAGGGAGGCGAGAGCCAUCUGGGAGGGACCCGGGAAUGCGGGAAACUGGCCCCUAGCGCAGGGGGGCGCCUCCGGAGCCGCGUCGGCACUAACCAUGACUGGCCAUGACGGAAAAUAGAGCGUCUGUUCGGUGUAGUUUCAGUCGCUAACUCUGGAAUCUCCGUACCGUGGGUGUGCAAUAUUGAGUUUAUGUCAUACUCUACUACCGAACAAACUAUCGCCAGUGCAUGGUUCGUUUUACGGUGGCUAUGUUAUACCUUUUCUCUGAAGGCAGCUGCUUAUGCUUUAUCGUUUUAUCAGAUAUGUUUAUUCCGGGUAUUUUUGUGCGUGUUUUUUCUUUUUAUAAUUGUAACCUAUGUUAACCCACGGACGCAUUUUAUUUUGUCUGUGUUUGUUAGCCUCUACACCACUUCGUUCCAUUCGAUGUGACCAUAUAUGGCUCAUAUGUGCACAUGGCCGGUCUAUGAACGGUGUGUAACCGUGGUCCGAUGGUGGGCGCUCUUCCGGCUGGGCGCUCCUCUGGACCAGGUGACCGUGGUCCGCUGGGACGGCUGCCCACCGCGCCGCAGCACACCGCCCCCCGGGACGGACCUCAUUCCGGGCGCUGUGCCGCCACCUCCGACCGGCGCGCCGGCCGUGACGUACUGUGACGUGACGUGUUCUCCGUGUGACGCCGCUGAUGUACCGUCAGUGGCGGCUGGUUGUGAUGUGGGUACAGGGUGUGACCCGGUACAGGGUGCGACCCCGCUCCGGACAGCCCGGCGGCAGCCCGGGGCGCCGGACCUGGUCGCUGUGAUGACUCCGCGCCCCCCGUGACCCCAAAUACAAUAGAGACGUUGACUGAG